AUGCGUCACUUUGCAGGUUACAUCUCCCCAGAGCUGCGACCCGCCUGUGCAAGGGCCAAGGGGCUGGGCGUUGCCGUUCUGCGGGGCUCGGCAGGCUCACCUUCCUCCCCGGGGCGCUGGACCCCUCCUGUGUUCCUGACCAGGCUGACCGAGAGGUUCGUGCUGGGUGUGGACCUGUUCCUGGAGGCCGUGUGGAAGGUGUGGACGGAGCUCUUGGAGGUCCUUGGCCUUGACGUGUCCAACCUGUUGCAGUACCUGAGCCCCGCUGCGAUGUCCAACAGCCCCGCCCGGGCGCUGCUGCUGGUCGGUGUUGUCCUCCUGGCCUACUGGUUCCUGUCCCUGACCCUGGGCUUCACCUUCAGCGCCCUGCAUCUGAUGUUCGGCCGCUUCUUCUGGAUCGUGCGUGUUAUGCUGUUCUCCAUGUCAUGCAUGUACAUCCUGCACAAGUACGAGGGUGAGCCCGAGAACGCCGUGCUGCCCCUGUGCCUGGUGGUCGCUGUCUACUUCAUGACGGGGCCCAUGGGCUUCUACUGGCGCAGCGGCAGCCCUGGCGCGCCCAGCGGCCCCAAUGUGGAGGAGAAGCUCGAGCACCUGGAGAACCAGGUGCGGCUGCUCAACAUCCGCCUCAAUAGGGUGCUGGAGAGCUUGGACCGCCCCAAGGACAAAUGAAGGUCAGCCAGCCGGCUGGAUCCACCCGCACCCACACGCGCGCCCAGAAAGCAGAAGAGAAAGAAGAAGCCGGCAAUGCCAAAUCCCAAGCGAUCUUAAUAAACUGCAGCCAGUGAGCCGGGCGCCUGGUGGGGGUGUUUCCAGCCGCGCGAGAAUCGCAGCUCCCUAGGGACACCCCGACGGUGUGCACUGCCGCGCCGCGCCGCCAGGGGGCGGCGCUGGGCAGAAUAUUUUUUAAACAAAGAAUAGAACUCUAUGGGCUGUACAGCCUGAGAAAUUUAUCUGUGCAUAGAACAUAAAAUUAAUUUUUGAAACAUUUAAAUACAUCUUUUGUAAGGUUUUUAAAUAAAGGCAGAUGGGGUCGAGUUUGUUAGAAUUUUCCAUUGGGGAGGGUAGGACUGGAAGCUAUCAGAAAGGUGCAGGAGUGGGUGGUGGCGUCCCCAAGUGCGGCCUUUGUUGCCCACCUGGGCGCUGUUUUGUCAUCUUGGCUUGGUGGAGACUUAGUUAAUGAAUGUUGUCACUUCUAAAUGUGGGUGGUUGGUGCCAGGCAGGUGGCACAGGCCUGUGAGUCCAGCACUGGGGAGGCUGAGGCAGGAGGAUGGCUGUGAGCUGUGAGUUCAGGGUAGUUUGAACAACAUAGCAAGGCCCUGUCUCAAAAAAUAAAACGAAAUGCAACACUGGACAGCUGGGCCUGGGGGCGCAACCCAACCUCCUUUGCAUCCCAGGGACCCUGCCUGAGCUUCGUCCAUUGCCUUUCUCGGCACUCCAAGGUAUUUUCUCCUCUGUAGUUUGGUGCAGGAUUUGUGUUUGUUUUCAGUCAUUGGCCUUUGUUUUG